AUGAGUGUGACUUUAGGGUCCAUAUUGUUCCCUGAACGUCGAAAAGUGGUGGUUGAUACUAGGAAGGGGCUUCACAAUAAGAGAAAGAAGCAGGUAAAUGCUCAGAAAAGCCAGGAACAAACUUCUAAGCAAUUUACUACGCGGCUUCUUUUGGAUGACGAAACAAUUGCUCCAAAUGAUUUUUUGACCCCAUUUCCAACUGACGAUGUAAGAAACACAGAACAAUUUUGGGAGUAUUUAGAGCGUGUGUUCUAUCCAGUGGAUGAAAGAUGGAUCAGCAUCUUGGAUCUUUCAGCAAGACCACAAAAUAUGGAGCCUAAGGAAGCAUGUAUAGGCUUACAUUUUGCCUAUAGGUGGGCAUUGGUAGAUUUAUUUGAUACAAGUGAACUUUUUAAGUUGGUUGGAAAUAGAAACAAGAUAUUUAAAAAUAUUAUAGAGAAAUCCAAGAAUUCUUCAUCUGAAAAUAAGAUAAGUAGUAAGCAUGUAGAACAGGAUCAAGUUUUAGAUAAGUCUGAGAAAUCUCAGUUGGAUGGCUCAGAAAAUUCAGAUUUAGAAGAACAGAAGAUUAUAAGUUAUUUGGAGUUUCUGGAUCUUCCAAUACUUGAAUUGAUAGGAAUUGAUCCAACAAUAUUAGGCGGAAUAAACACAAAUGGUGGAAAUUCGACAAAGCAAUCAGAAAAUUCAAGUCAAAAUAAAAGAACUGUGAAUAAUCCUUACUUUGAGGAAUGGAAGUUUCUUUAUAAGAGAUUGUGCUAUAUUGAGAAGGAAGUUGACUCUAUGCUUUUAAAACUAACAAAUAACGUUAGUGAGAAUAUUCAUAAAGAUAACUCUAGAAAGUUACUACAAAGACAUCAAAAAAAGAAAUGCAGAGAAUUCCUAUUAAAGGUAAUGCACUACCACAGCAUGAGACAAUUUGUAGAUUCUUUGGAAGAGGUUUUGUAUUUUGAUGAGAAAACUGGAUUAUAUUUGACUACCUGGGAUGACGGAGAAGCAGUAAGAGCUGCAUGGGUGAGCCAGGAUCAGCUUCUACAGCUUCUUUUAUUUAGGCCAAGCUCUACAGAAAGCAAAUAUUCCGUUUCCAUCCCAAGUGAAUAUAUUCCUUAUGCAAGGUCUUUAGAUACUAAUUGGCUUAGAUAUCUCCUAGAUUCUGGUCUAACAAUGAUCAACGAUAAUCCUGAUAAUUCUCAGGACGAUGACAGGCUUGGAGAUACUUUGAAUCUAGAUAGCCCUUCUAAGCCUAAAGAUGGUUGUAUUGAACUUUCAAGGCAUCCUCUCUGUCAUUACUGUAGAAGAAGUUGCAAGAGACUGAACUAUUCCAGAUGUCCAUCAAAAAUUAAACCUUUAAAUCUUGGAAUUAAUCCUUCAGGGCUUAAUCAAACGAAUCAAAGUCAAAAUCUAGAUUCUAAUUCUAUCCUAAAUAAUUCCAAUUCAUUAAAGCUACCAGGAGCCUCAACUUCUACUAGUUCAUCUAAUAUUUAUUAUUCUAGGUCUCUUAUUCCAUGGAGAGUCCCGAAAUCCCAGAAAAAUAUGGAGAAUAGUGACCAUUCUGAGCCAACAUAUAUAAUUAAUAAUAAUCAAAACCACAGUCAACAUAUAAAUCAAACUCAAUUUGGAUGUAAGUCGGGAAGAUCUAUUAACCUCAAUGGCAGACCUUCAGUUGGAGGGAAUUCCUGUGGACCUAUGGCGUCUUAUCUACUCAAUGUUAAUAGAUCCCAUGUUUGUAAUAUCUGUACUGAUUUUGAAUCAAAUCUGGAUAAGUCUGAGUUUAUUUCCCAAGAAGAAAUCUUAAUUAGCAGAGCUUAUUCACCUAAUAACUGUUGGAGAAUGUACUGCUCAGAGUGCAUCAUGCAUAAUUUCUCCUCUGUAAUUAAGCAAAAGUACUCAAGUGGAAUAGUUUUAAGAUAUUAUUGCCCUUUUUGUAAUGGUGCAUGUAAUUGUGAAAGGUGCCUCAGAAAUCAACAAAUCAGAAAAAUCAAAAACUACCUAAAAUCACGUUUCUGUGGAUACGUUUUUCAGUGUUCAAUCUCCAGCUGUGUUAUUCAAAACGAGCUCAGCUGGUAUGACUUUCUCAAAGACUUUGGUGGAGACUCACUUUUAUUCCCACAUGUUAACAAUACUUUUAAAGAAAACACUAUGACAGGAAACAGUGAGACAACUUUGAUCAAUGAUCAAGGAGAGAUUGAUGAAUCUCUAGUUAAUCUCAAGAAUAUAGCGAUAGUUUCUUAUAUUAACAAUGCAAAUAGAAGAUUUUCUAUUGCAGAAAAUACUCAUUUAGGCUUCAUUUGGCUACAAGCUAACAAUAUUCAGUUCCAAAAACCUCCUCCUUCCUCAUCAACAGGAAAUACGGGUUCAAGAGACCAUAAUUCUAAGAAAACAACCAUACUCAGUGGCUCCAGUUCAGGAAACAAUAUUUCAGAUCAUACCAAACUAUUAUCUAAAAACAAAUCGAGAAAUAGGUCCUCAAUUAAUGGAACACAAAAAAACAAGAGAUGCUCAAGUAUUCAAAGCAACUUUGAGGAUACUGAUUUAGGUAAUACAAAUGGCACAAAACUUCAACAAAAUACACAAACUGUUUCUUCAAACUCGAUUUUUUCUUCAAAUAUUCACAAAUCCCACUCAAAUUCUAUUAAAGGGAAUGGCGCUCAUAAUUCCCCGCCUUCCAUUCAUAUACCGCGUGAAGUGGUAAAUGAGCCAACGCAUGCAUCUGGUGCUUCGGUACUAUGGAGUUUGAGGUCAAUUUUAAUAAAUAAUGUCAAUAAAUAUCAUAAAGAAUGUUUGAGUAACUUGGAGCGUUGGGAGGUUAUUCAAGAAUUAUAUAACAGAAAAAGGGUGGAAUUAGAGUGCUACUUUGAGGAGUUGCUUUCAAAAUUGAAUUUAAUGGAUGAAUGGAUUCGCUCAAUAUCGUUCACGGAGACUAACAAAAGAUUUAUAAUGAGGAAGAUGCCGCUAUUAUGUUGGGCUACAGAUAUCCCAUCAGCAAAAACUUUUAAUUACGAUGACUACCCUCAGCUCAUGCCUAAUAAUAAUGUUGUGGAGAUGAUUAAACAUAUUCAGAACUUUGUAAAAAAUGGUAUUGUUUCAGAAGAUUUACCAACCCACCAAAUUUUGGGGUUUUCGGAGGUUGAUGAAGGUGGUGGAAUUACUGGAAUAUCACAAAAGACUACUCCAAGUUUAAAGCUAAUUGAUAAAUUACCAGGAAUGAUGACUACAAACUCUCCCAGUUCAGUAAUGGAGUUUCUAAUGAAUUCGAUCUCCGAAAUUCAAAAUAUUGUGGUAAAGACAAAUAAUAAUUCUUCCAAAGAUGAUUCAGGAAAAACAAAUAAGAUACAAAGGAACUCUAAAAGAGACAAAUCUAACUCUAAAAAUCCCACUCAAAACAAACUUCCAAGCUGUGAUAUUUUAAACCCAGAUGAAGUAAAAGUUUCAUCUUUUGUAAAUGGUUUGGCCUCAUCUUCCUCAUCCUCUUCCUCAACAGCAGAGGCUGAAGGAAAUCAAGUUAACAGUAACUCUCCUAUUAAUGCUGAAUUUUUAUCGAAUAAAAACAGUGAGCUGGAGAUUAUUUCUUCUAAUGAUAAAAGUGAUCCUUCUCAAAUUUUUGGACCGUCAAAUGGAGGUGCGAUUCAAAAAUCUGAUAAAAGUGAUUUACCUAACUUUAACUAUCAUGAAGGACAUAAUUCUUCUAUUAAUCCUUUUAUCUAUGGAAAUAACUCCUAUAUGCUUGAUGAAGGCACUAUAGACACAUUCCAGCCCUAUUCUAAUAAAACUAUCCCAAAUCAGGACCCUAGUGUUGUUGAUUCAAUCCAAAAUAAAUCUAAAAAAAGAAGGUCAUCUUUGGAAUUGACUUUUGUGGAAAUCAUGACUCCAGAGAGGAAGAGGGAACUGGCGCUAAAAAGAAGGCGCGAUAGGGAAACUAUUAGAAAAGCUAUGAAAAUAAACAAUCAUUCAUCCUCAUCAAGUACAGCUUCUUCAAAUAUCAUUGGAGGAACUGGUAUUAAAAGUGUUGAGGACAUUAGUAGUUUAAGUGGAGAUGGUACAGUCUUUAGUAUCAGCAGUAAUGGAAGUAGUUUUGGCUCACCCCAACUAUAA